AUGGAGGAGAGUAAGCCCAAAUGCAACAUCAAACUUAAAAAAAGCGACAGUGAAAAUAACAACAAGAAGAGAAAGACAUUAAACAUAUUCGAAAAUGUGCGUUGUGACAAUUCUGAAAGAAAAGAUAAUAAAGAAGAAGAAGAUGUAUCAUUAGUUAGAAAAGCACAUAAAAUUAGGAGUAUAAGAAAUGGAGAAAUUAUAACUGAACCAAGUAACGAAUUUGAGAAAUAUAUAGAUCAAGCAAGCUCCCGCUUUAUCCACAACUUGCAGAAUAAAAUAAAUCGAAUCCAAAAUAAGAACAUUGUUUAUUUAAAUUUUCCACAAAAGUGGAGAGCAAAGGAAAGAACCCAACCAGCUAAAAACCAGCAUGACUUAGAAAUUACCCACAUUAGCAAAACGAUAUCUAAUGUGGAAGAUAAAAUUGCUGCAGGGGUGUCAGAAAAAGAUGCAAUCGGGAUCGAAGGAAGUGCAUCUAAUGAAUCGCUAACAUGUUUAAUGGAUAGACAGAAAAGUAAAGAAAGGAAAAGGGGUGAAGUGGGAGAAGUGGAAAAAGUGGAAGAAGCGGAUGUGGAAAAAUCCAACGGAGAAACAGAUGACGAAGCAGAACUAGUAGCCGAUUUCUAUAAGAACCCAAAAAAAAGUGAAGAUAUGCACAAGUAUAACAUCACGGAAGGAAACCUAACAUAUAAGAGAAAAAUGUUCCUAGAUAAAUUCAGAAAAAUCGAAAAGGAAUCCAUUUUUAGAAAAGAAAUGAAUAUGUAUACAGAUUUUGAUGAACAUAACAUCGAAAUUGAGGAUUACGGGAAAAAAAUUUUAUCCAAAAUGGGAUAUAACGAAGAUAUUUACAACAAGUACAUAAAUGAGUACUACAAGGAGUGCAGUGACAAGAAUUAUUUUGAUAAAAUUUAUGAAAACUUUCAUUCUCGAGAUUUUAGAUUCACUGGAGUCGGUGCAGAGGAAGAGAUGAAGGAGAACUUGCAGCGGAUCAGGGAGCAUGAAGCAGAGGAUGCAAGGAGUAGAAGUGGGUUAAGGAGCGAGAGUAGACGUGGUGAUAGGAGCGGGUUAAGAAGCGAGAGUAGAUGUGGUGAUAGAAGCGGGCUAAGAAGCGAGAGUAGAUGUGGUGAUAGAAACGGGUUAAGAAGCGAGAGUAGAUGUGGUGAUAGAAGCGGGCUAAGAAGCGAGAGUAGAUGUGGUGAUAGAAGCGGGCUAAGAAGCGAGAGUAGAUGUGGUGAUAGAAGCGGGCUAAGAAGCGAGAGUAGAUGUGGUGAUAGAAGCGGGCUAAGAAGCGAGAGUAGAAGUGAUCGCAUGGGUGGACGAGAAAGGGUGAAGAUUGGAAGCAAAGACGACAAUAGAGAGCACGAGGAUGGAGUAAGGGGGAGGAGAAAAGAUAAGGAAAGGAGGUGUGAUGAAAUGAGAUACAGAGAUCACAGCCCGAAGGAGAUUUCUAAUUAUGAAAAGUAUGAUAAUAUGUUCGAAGGACUGAUAGUAAAAAUAAAUUUAAAGGUACAUGAGUUCUACAGAAGAAAGGGGAUCAUAAUAUACAAGAAAAAAAGGAGGAAGAAUAAGAACAGUUGGUGCACCAUUCUUGGGUUGUUGAUUUUCAAAAAUUACAAAUAUAUCAAUAUUUAUAAACAAAUGGUUAAGAAAAAAAUAAAGGAUUUUUUAUCGUGGAAGAUGAAAAGAAAAAUGACACAAAGGAAAGAAAGUGACGAAAGUGAAGCAAAUGAUCAAAGUGAAGAAUGCAGCGAAAGUGAAGAAUGCAACCAAAGUGAUGAACACGCAUGUAGAGGCGAGAACAUUCAAAAUUGUAAAAACUUUUGGAAACGAUUUUUGAAAGAAUUGAUAAAAACAGUUAAACGUGAUAAUAGUGAUAAUCAUGGGAUGAUAAAAGGUGAAAAGAAAGAACCAUUUUGCAUUAUCGAAAUUAAAUCCAAAUAUGUGGAAACCACCUUAAGUGAUGAGACGAGUAAAUGCAAAGUGGUACAUAGAAAUAUUUAUAACUCGAAAAAAAAUACAUCUCUGUAUAAACAAACAGUCAAAUUGAAGAAAUUAAAACAGAAGUAUGCUUAUGUACAAAUAGAAGAUAACCAUAUUCUGAAGGUUUCUCUAGAUGAUAUUUGUCAAUAUAUAUAA